AAAUAUCAACUGUAUCCAUAUAUAUGUAUUAUAUGUAUUUGCAUACCAAAUACCACCAAUGACAAAAUAAUAAUAUUAUUAAAAUGACAUUGUAAAUGAGGGUUCAUAAAGAUAUGAUGAUAACGACGCGUUAAAAGGCAAAGCCAGGGCAGGCCAGUCGUGUGGGGGUCACUCUAAUAGACAAACCCCACGUUUCCCUUCUCUACCCCAAUUCCCUACCCCUUAUAUUUCCCACCUUCAUCACUGCCUUUCUUCUUCUACUACUAACCCUCUCUCUUCCUUCUUCUUCAUUUUCUUUCUCUCUUUCUUUCUCUCAAAUCAAAUACUAAUACUACUAUUACAUACUGUUCUUCACUCCUUAUAAAGACUGUUUGCCGUGUCACGUAAAAAGAGUCCAAAACCAAAAAAAAAUAAACUUGGUUUUGUGAGAACAUUGUGUUUUCUGUCCUUUUUUUUUUUUUUUUUUUUAAUGAAAAUGUUGCCAACUGAAGCACCAAUAUCUCCAAUGGCUGACCCACCUAACUCGGAGGCCGAGUCAAGUGCCAACUCGUUUUCCUCUUCCCAAUCUCCAUCUCCAUCUUCACCUUCCUCAUCUUCUGGGUUAUCACCGUGUCUGCCAAAGUCGUCCGUCUCAAACAUACUACCAAACCAGAAGCAGGGGAAGCAGCAGGGGAGCUUCCCUGAUGAAGAAGAUCGGAAAAGGGUAAAGAGAGGCAGGGACAACAACAGUAGACACCCGGUUUACAGAGGGGUCCGAAUGCGGACCUGGGGCAAAUGGGUAUCCGAAAUCCGCGAGCCCAGGAAGAAGAAUCGGAUCUGGCUCGGUACUUUCUCUACCCCUGAAAUGGCGGCGCGUGCCCACGACGUGGCGGCACUGAGCAUCAAGGGAAGCUCUGCCAUUCUCAACUUCCCCGAACUCGCCGCCUUGCUUCCUCGACCCGCUUCAAACUCCCCUAGAGAUGUUCAAACCGCGGCUGCUAAAGCCGCUUCAAUGGAGGUUUUCAACCCAGCAACAACCUCCACAUCCACAUCAACAUCAUCAUCGUCAUCAUCAUUGUCGCAGUCAUCGUCAUCAUCAUCACUGGCAACGAUAUCGUCGUGGAGUAACGACGUGUCGUGCUCGACACCAGAGGAACUGAGCGAGAUAGUGGAACUGCCGAGUCUGGGAACGAGCUAUGAGUCAGCAGUAGAAGCAGCGGCAGGGAACGAGUUCGUGUUUCCAGCAGAUGAAUCAGUGGAAGAAGGAUGGUUAUAUAAGUACUAUAAUGAUCAGCAGCAGAGCUUUGAAGAAGAAGAUUAUUAUUACUACGGAUGCUUUAGGGAUCAAAUAUCGAUGAUAGAUGAGACAGAGUGUGGAAUACGAAUACCCUCCUCUGCUUUUGACUCUUUAUUGUGGCAACAUUAAAAUCACCCACGUCUUGGCUAUUUUGGCGUUUUGGCAUUUUCGCUGCCUGUGUGCUCUUUUUUCCACCUCCUUUAUUUUUAUUUUUAUUUUUUAACUUUUUUUUUAUUUGUUUUCCUUUUUCUUUUUUCAAUUUGUGAGCCAAGCCCCCUUUUCAAUUUUUCUUUUUCUUUUUCUUUUUUUUUUUCAAAGGGGAUAUAAAAAAUACGUUUCUUGGUUCUCAAGGUGUUACUGUUACCACUAGUGUUCUGAUCUUUUUCCUCCUUCUCUUUCUUCUUCUCCAUAAUCCUCACACGGAAAAAAGUGGUUAAAUUUUUGUAAUUGCUACUUGCUAUUUCAUCUGAAAAGUUACUUGGAAUAUAUAUGUGGUUAUUUAGCUCUCUGUCAGAAUUAAAUGGAUUAAAGUAUGUUUUAAGA